AGUAACGUCAGCAGCUGGAGAUGACGUUAAAAAGCCGCGCGGGGCUGCUGCGUGUGCAGCUCCCACGAGAGGGACUCCUAGCCCGUCGCUGUCAUGGUACACUGCAGUUGCGUGUUUUUGAGAAAGAUCUAGACUGCCUCAGAAUUACCAAUGGAAUUUUAGCCAAAUAUGCUUGCUGGCUUGACCCACCUUCAUCACCUUUUCUUAUCAGAAAGUAUGCAAACUUCAUCGAUAACCUAAGAGUUUUCACCAGGGGAGGAACUGGUGGAAUGGGUUACCCUCGUUUAGGUGGAGAAGGUGGAAAAGGUGGUGACGUCUGGGUUGUUGCCCACAACAAAAUGACUUUAAAACAACUUAAAGACAAAUACCCUAAGAAGCGAUUUGUGGCCGGAGAAGGAGCAAAUAGUCGGGUUAGUGCACUAAAAGGCUCCAAAGGAAAAGAUUGUGAAAUUCCUGUACCUGUGGGUAUCUCAAUAACUGAUGAAGAUGGUAAAAUUAUAGGAGAAGUCAAUAAAGAAAAAGAUAGACUUUUGGUAGCUCAAGGAGGUCUUGGUGGUAAAUUACUUACAAAUUUCCUACCAAUGAAAGGCCAGAAACGAAUAAUUCACCUUGAUCUUAAACUGAUAGCUGAUGUAGGUCUAGUGGGAUUCCCAAAUGCUGGAAAAUCUUCUUUGCUAAGUAAAAUUUCUCAUGCAAAACCUGCAAUUGCAGAUUAUGCAUUUACAACAUUAAAACCUGAACUUGGAAAGAUAAUGUAUGAAGACUUCAAACAGAUAUCAGUGGCUGAUCUUCCUGGUUUAAUAGAAGGAGCACAUAUGAACAAAGGAAUGGGCCACAAAUUCCUGAAGCAUAUCGAAAGAACCAGACAACUACUUUUUGUUGUCGAUAUUUCUGGUUUUCAGCUUUCUUCCAAAACUGAAUACAGAACUGCCUUUGAAACCAUAAUACUGCUUACAAAAGAGUUAGAGAUGUACAAAGAGGACCUUCAGACAAAACCUGCACUUCUAGCAGUUAAUAAAAUGGACUUGCCAGAUGCCCAAGAUAAAUUCCAUGUACUGAUGAAUCAACUCCAGAAUCCUAAAGACUUUUUACAUUUAUUUGAAAAAAAAUUGAUUCCAGAAAGGACCAUGAAAUUCCAGCAUAUCAUCCCUAUUUCUGCAAUUACUGGAGAAGGAAUUGACAAAUUGAAGGACAGUAUAAGACAAUCACUGGAUGAGCAAGCUGACCGGGAAAAUGAUUCAUACCAUCAGAAACAGUUGCUUAAUUUACAGACUUCCAAAACAAUAUCUUAUAGUGAGCCACCAUCAAAGAGUGCUACUACUAGUUCCAGAAUGGAUAUAAUUUAAAAUUAUUAAAAAUGAUAUUGACAUUAUGUUCAUUUGAAAGUUUUUCCACAGACAUAUUUUUUUUUUAAAGGUUAGUUACUCCCGAUCUUCUGAUAUACAUGCCAUCGUUCAAAAACUACUUUUUGAAGUUGUUCUGUAUUUAAGUGUAUUAAUAGUAAAAACCUGAGUGCUAAAAAGGAGUUUAUAAUUUUAUGACCAAUACACCUAUAAUAAAUAUCCUCCAAUGUACUUGUACUAAGAUAUGUCUAGUGAGAUAAUUUCUAAAAAUUAUAUAAAAGAAUUCCCCAAAUAUUGUUGGAAUGAGCAACUAGCUUUUGUUGCCUAGUGGUUAACUCUCAGCCCUGUCAUCUCUAUGGCCUGAGUUCUAUCCUCACCCAGAGAGCUAACCCACAUGGCACAGCAGACCUAUCUUGCCUUCUGCUCCCCACUCUGUCUCUGGUGAAUCCUCUAACCCCCUGAACCUCUGGCCUACACCCCUGUUCUUCUAUGCAAAAGUAGAAAUAAAAAAACACAUAAUAAAUACUCAGGAAUUUGUUUAUUCAUAGGUGAAAUCUUUAGAGCACAGAUCCAAAUUCACAGUAUGAUGUAUUUUAAUAUAAUACUUAAGUGUCUGGUGGUAUAAACUUGUAAUUCAUGAUGGUAAAUAAAUCUGAUAUAGCAAGCUCUGGCACUUGGUAAAAAAGUUGUUAUACAUAGUGUACUAAUACCCUACACCUCAGUUAAGUAUUACCUAAAGUAUAUAAUUUGAAAGAUAAAAAUGAAAAAGUCUUGCUUAAGGAUAUAAGGCAACUGACAUGACCUUGAAAGGUUUAUUUUAAAGUAAAUCUUUAAGAUUUUUAAAUUUCUUUUUUUAUAAAAUAAAAAAGGAAUCCAAACUUUCUUAUUUUGUUUGCAAUAAAAACCAUCAACCUUUAGGAACAGCUACAUAGAGUAUACUUCCAAUAACUAGGAAAUACAAACAAUGGGACAUUUUAGUGAGUUACAUAACAAAAUGCUUCAUUUAGUUUUGGGGUAGUAACUUGGGCAUUAUUGAGGAAGCAUAAGAUAAAACUCCUCUUAAAUCCCAACACAUAUCUAUCAUUCUUUGUCACAGCAGAAAAUUAGAUUAUGGUGUCAGCAUUUCAGAAAUUCACCUGAUCAAUCUGUCCUCAUAUUGUUACUUGAUUAUAUUUAGGAAAUAAUAGAAAUGAAAAAGAGAAAAUAAAUGACAUAUGGAUACUAUGAUCAGCACAGAUGUUCAAAUUCCAAAGCACUUUGCUUACUCUUAUUCCUUUGUUGUAAAGCAGAAGCAGACUAUUUUAAUCCCUUGUAGUUCCUGCUAUCAAAUGUGAGAUCCAUGCUAGCAGAUCCCUGUGAGCAGCUUGCUGCUCUGUGUACAGGGAAGACACUCAAUAAAUACCUAUACAAUGGAGAAAAAUACAAGUACAAGAAAAGCCAGAGAUUUGGGAACUUGAGAUGGGAGAUGGGAACGGGAUAGAAAAAAGAAUAAAUGAAAGUAAAUAAUGCACAUAAAAAGUCAUUUUGGGGACCUCCCUAGUGACACAAGCACUGCCUUAUGAAGUGAUCUGCAGCACCAGUUCGAUCCCCUAGCCGGCCAGGGAGCUACCCACAUGGUGCAGCAGACCUCUCCUGUCUCGCCCGCUGCUCCCCUCAGCAGUGUAUUUCAGUCAGUCUGCCUGUUCUGUUCCCUGCUCUGUCUCUGGUGAAUCCUCUCACUCCCACCCCCACCCCCGCAUUUCUGGCCUGUACCCCAGCUCUUGUAUGCAUAAAUAAAUCUUUAAAAAAAAAAAAAAGGAAAAAGUCAUUUUGUUAUACCAAAAGAAAUUUAUGUCCAGAACAGUAGUGAUAUUUUUUACUUAAUACUUUACAAAAGGAUGAAUACUUGAAUAUUCUUAUGCAAAGCCUUCCAUAGCAUUAAAUUCCAAAAUAAUUAUUAAUCUAAGCAGCAUUAAAGAGUAAUUUUUAAAGGCUCAUUAACUUGCUAUUAUUUUGUUUUAAAAAACCUGAAAAAUGUUUAAAUAAUGAACUCAUUUGGGUAAAGACAUACAAAAAUUCUGUAAGAACAUAAACUAUCACCAGUGGUUUUCUUUGGGAAUGGUGAGAGAACGUAAUGCAGAUAGUACUUGCUUUUUACAAUGAAUAUGUAUAUUUUAUAAAACUCACUAAGAGAAAAUGUCUAAUUUGUAAGUUUUUAAAACUGAGGCAAAAAUUUAAAUUGUAUUCUCUAAAUAUUUAGAGAUUGGUAAUAUUUAUGUAAAUAUUUAGAUGAUUGGUAAUACUGCUUAAAAUUUGGACUUCCUACUUAUUCUUCUUUAUUAAAAUAUGAGAUAAAGUAGGUUGUAAGAAAAUAAGACAUAUAUAAGUGCUGCAAAGCAGGGAAAAAUACUUAAGAAAAAUAUCCCAAACUGCAAAUUGCAAACAUCUAUCAUCUAGUUUCCAUUAUAUAUCAUUAGUGAUCUUAAUUAUCACUGAACAUAUCUUCAAAUUUAUGAUUUUGCAUUUUUUUUUUCAAAAAGGGGGACUUGUUAUAAAUUUAGUAGACCCAGGGACAAGAAAGGAGAGGUCUGCUGCGCUCUGUGUUAGCUCCCUGGAUGAGGAUCGAACUCAGGCUAUAAAGGUGACAGCACUGAGACUUAACCCCUAGGCCACCAAGGAGGCCAGCUAUUAUGUGUUCUUUUUAUGACAUAUAUCCAAUUAUUCCUAUAUAUCAUUCCUUUAUGUAAAAUAAAAGUUUUAAAUGGAAAACAAGUAUUAGUUCAUAAUUGGGGAAAUGUUUACUUUCAUAAUGGAAAAAAAUCGGGUCAAUGGGUAUUUUAUUUCAGAUUUCAUUCAACUGUCUUGUAAAAUUAUGUGUUUUCUUUUAACUCAGUAUUCAUUUUCUUUGGGAGGAUAGAGGUCAGAUCCCGUUGAAUGAGUUAAUAAAAGCUACAGAUUUUUUUCUUGCCAAAAAUGAGCAACAAUGAAACAGGGUUUGCAAAGUUCCCUCUAGAAGUUUUUACUUUUGUCAAAGUACAUUAAAAAUGUUUCAAAGUACCAGCAUAAGUGUAUUUACAAACUAUAACUUAAAAUUAGCAAUAAUAUAAGUCAUAAACCUACAGAGUUUAAAAAUAUGCCAUUUUGUUGAAAGCCAAAAUCAUGAAUUUAAUGUGUAUUUUUAAACCUUUAAGGGAUAUCUUGUAUUUGGUGUAAGUCUGUCCUAUUGAAUAGGUUAGUAAGAUAAGUCCAUUUCGUUUGAGUACAUGGUCUGUGCUGAUAAUCAAAAUAGCUACCAUGGUAAAGUUUCCAUGUGCUGGGCAUUGUUAGGACUUCAAAUAUGUUGUCUUUUAAACAAUGCACUAUGGUGCCUCUUAGUUAUUUUUUAAGUUGAAUGGUGAGUACAUGAGGUUUUUAAAAAACCUUUUUG